AUGGCCUCCGCUCAGCAAUUCGAUCCCGCCACAAUAAUUAACCUUUCUCGGUCGUCCCAGGAAGCAGCGCAUGGCACCUUUGAUAUCUUCGAGUGGUACCCCCACUAUCAGAACUGCCAGCGGUACUUCCUCGACCAUGCACAACAUAGUGUCACCGUUCAAGCACUGUGCGCGUUUUUGAACAUUCGUCUACCCUUCCAACGAAUACCGCACCCUGUCUCCAGCUCUUCUAGCACAGCAUCAACACCUUCUGCAGGACUGACGUCUUCUGUCUCGGAGUCAUCCCCGCAUCCGGCCCCCUCUGUGUCACUCAUUCCCUAUAUUCGACGUCUAGUAGCCACGGGCAUGGAUUCUCCUGGGGUCCUUCAAGGAUUCUUUGGCGAUGACUGGACCGCAGGCGUUGGGUAUCUCCACGAACAGGAACGUCGCAACUAUCUCUUCGCUGCAAAGAGCGGCGGCUGGGCUGCGGUUAAGAGAGAAUACGAUAUGCCUCCUUUGGAGACCAUUCCCUUCCUGCGGCCCCUGCAAGGGACAGUGGAUUCCGAGAUUGAGGCCGCGGAGAGAAGUUGGAGUGAGUGGCUUGCAAUGGAAGAUUGGAUGGGUGGUAUAUCAUACACAACAGACUCGUUCGAUCGAGUGAAGUUGGACCUCGCCAGGAGAGCAUGA